AUGCCCGGCAAAACCGCCACCACCCCGCGCAUCACUAAAUUCACCAACUGCCGCCUCGUCCGCGGCUCCAGUCUGGUCGAACAGGAUCUAUGGAUCGAUUCGCUGUCGGGCAAGAUCCUCAAGGAUCAAGAGGCCUUCUAUGAGCUGCACUUGUCGCCCGACGAGAUUAUCGACCUCGGCGGCCGCAUCCUGGCCCCGGGGCUGAUCGACACCCAGCUCAACGGCGCCCAGGGCUUCGACUUUUCCGUGCCCUGCGAGACCAAGGAGGAGUAUGAUGAGGGCAUGCGUCGGGUGAAUCAAGGCUUGGCUUGCACCGGCGUGACCGCCUACCUACCCACCGUGGUGAGCUCGACGCCCGAGGUGUACUGGAAGGUCCUCCCCUCCCUCGGCCCCACAGCCGCAACCCACCGCGCCCAAGACGGCGCCGAGUCCCUCGGGGCCCACGUCGAAGGCCCCUUCAUCAGCCCCGGCCGCAACGGCAUCCACAAGCCGGAAGUACUGCGCUCCGCCGAAAGCCAGGACGACCUAGUCUACUGCUAUGGCGCCUCGAACCUGGCCGCGCCCACCUCCAUCAAAAUGAUCACCGCCGCCCCCGAGGUCGGCAACAUGAUGGCGCAGAUCCCCCACAUUGCCGCUGCGGGGAUUAUCUACUCCAUCGGCCACUCCGAUGCCUCCUACGAGCAGGCCGUCUCGGCGACCGACCAGGGCGCCCGCAUGAUCACGCAUCUGUUCAAUGCCAUGCGUCCCUUCUACCACCGCAAUCCGGGCGUGUUCGGCCUGUUGGGUCGGAGCGAGCGGAAACGCCCGUUCUAUGGCGUGAUUGCGGAUGGUAUCCAUCUGCACCCGACUUCGAUUAAGAUCGCGUAUAAUGCGCAUCCGGACGGGCUGGUGCUGGUGACGGAUGCCAUGCGCCUAUGUGGUCUGCCGGAUGGGGUCUAUGAGUGGACCAAUGGGGAGCGCAUCGUGAAGACGGGCGCUCGGCUGACGCUGGAGGGUUCGGAUAAGAUUGCCGGCUCGUCGGCGACACUGAUCGAGUGCGUCAAUAACUUCCGCCGCUGGUCCGGGGCGAGCACUGCCGAUGCGAUUAACGCGGCUACUGCUGUGCCAGCGAGGCUGUUGGGAAUCGAGCGUGUGAAGGGCUGUCUGGAUGCUGGUGCCGAUGCGGACCUUGUGGUUCUAGGCGAGACCAACGAUCCGUACGCUGGUCCUACGCUGACGGUGGAUCAGGUAUGGAAACUGGGCGUGAAGAUCCAUGAUGCUGAUAAGACUGCUGCGGUGGCAGUUUGA